ACCUGGCCUUGGAGGGCAGAGGAGGGAUCUGGGGUCUAAUAAACCCCAGAUUUCUCCAUAAAGAGGAUAUGUCACGAGGUUACACACUUCUUGCCAUGCAGUGUACUGGAGAGGAAGACAAAGAUGAGGGCUCAUUUGUGAAGGGGCCCCUGGACUAACUUUUUAUCUAAUGAUUAUAAGCAGUGCUUUUUUUGUUUACAAAAAUACAGAAUAAUGAUUUAGUGAGUUUAAAUAUGAAUAUAGUUAAGCAGCAUUGGAAAUGUAUGUGGGUUAUUUACUAAAGGCAAAUCCAUUUUGUACUACAAGUAGACUGCAAGUGGACUUGGAAGUGAAGUUGUUGUAGAUCUGAGGGGACAUAAAUAAACAGCAUUUUAGCUUGCACAUGAUUGGAUGAAAAAUCCCCUCAUUUCAGAUCUUCCCCUCAGUGCAGAGUGGAUUUGCCUUUAGUAAAUAACCCCUAUGUGUUUGUAUUUUUAAUUGGAACGAAGUUGAGUAACACUCCCCAGUGUCAGCCAGAUACUUCUCCUUUUGUUUGCAUUGCAAGUGACAAACAUCACUGAGCCCAGAGUGAUAUGGAUGCUGUCAAAGAAGAGCUGCUUUCUCCAGGGUGACAGUUUGGUGUCUUGCUCACAUCUCUUUCAUUAAUGGGUUUUAUUAGCACAUCUUCUUCUUCCCUGCAGCCAAAACAGGCACAAAACAUCUGAGUAUCUAUAUUGGGCACAAUUUGCCUCCUCCUCCUCCUUUUUGCUACUGGAGGCUUAUGAUCCGCACAACGGAGAAGUAUCUUCUAAGAUCAGCUGAAGACAGAGUAUGUGUCAAUUACCAGUGGCAAAGUAGCAAGAUUUCAAGACUUUAGUCUCAAUAGAAGACAGAUCUCUCUGAGAUUGUACAAAGAAGACUCAGAAUGUGCACUUUUCCAGAAUGCAAACUUGCCUGCUGAGUCUCCAUUGAUAGGUGAAGUGAUGGGUUCUAUCAUAUCAGGACUGAGAAGACCUUCCGUGGGCCAUGCAGAAACUGAACAGUUGGUACCCACUCUAGAACUGUCUCCACACCAGCAUCAGCUGCUUGUUGAAUCUUGGACGCUCAUCCACCAGGACAUUGCUAAGAUUGGAGUCAUUAUUUUUAUCAGACUCUUUGAGGUGCAUCCACAGUGUAAGAAUUUAUUCAUGCCUUUCUGCCAUGUGGAAGAUCUGCAUGAACUGAAAAACAAUAAAGACCUGAGAGCCCAUGGACUAAGGGUUCUGUCAUUUGUGGAGAAAAGCAUUGCCAGGAUUGAUAAUUCAGCACGUCUGGAAGAACUGUCCCUAGAGCUUGGAAAAAUUCAUUAUGGAUAUCAUGCACCUCCCAAAUAUUAUCAGUAUGUAGUAGCUGAAUUUAUGUCUGCUAUUCAGCCACUUCUGAAAGACAAAUGGACAACAGAGUUGGAGAAUGCAUGGAGGCUUGUUCUGUUGAAAAAUAAGAGACUUACUGGUAGGAUGGAUCGUGUGUACGGUGAUUACGUGCUAUGGACGGAUUUUAAUUGGAACAAGUUUACUCUACGAAACCAAGGACUUCAGAAGAACUUGAAGGGCGACUACGAGAAGUUAUUUCUGCCAUACCACAAGAGUUCCUGCCAGGCGGCUUCAGAAGUUGCAGUCUACAAAAAGUAA